AUGAUUAUCAACAUCAAUCGACCAGCUGAUAUAAUAGAAUCAACAUGUCAAUGUGUCGCUGGAAAAGGUGGUCGAGCAGCAUGUAAACAUAUUGCUGCAUUAUGCUUCGCUCUACUAGAUUACGACGAGAAAAGAAUGUAUGAAGCUUGUACAGAGAGGCUGCAACAAUGGCACCAACCAAGCCGUAAAUCAUCAAACCCAAUGAAUGUCUUGGAUAUAAAGUUUACGAGUCUACACCAUGAUAAAACCGAAGAAGAUAAACCAAAGUAUUUAAAAUUUCUUCAAUCUGAUACUCAUGUACCUGAAGCAACAGCAACUUUACGACAACUACUCAUUAAAUAUGAUCAACAGAAUACAGCUGCUGCUUCUAUUAUUCUACCUCAAGAAGCCAUAGCCGGUCGUAUACCACUUCCCGCACGAGUUGUUACUGAAGUUCCACUACCAGCAUCAUUAGUACAAAAUCCAACAUAUACGAGCGAGACGAUAGAGAAGGAAAUAGAGAGAAAGAACAUGAAAGGAAAAGAACCGCCCAUAGCAACAAUUGCAUAA